GUCACAUUCGUAGUCAUUGCAUGUACUUCGGCUAUCACUAUUGGUCUGUAGUUUUAAUUGUUCUUCGAGGAGUACUGGGAAAUCAACAUCUAGCAUACGAAUUAGUCGUGAAUCCUCUUCAAACAUUUGUUGAUUUGGACACAGCUUGUUUUUGACAUAUUCAGAGAUGCCGCUGAAAAUGUCGUCUUUCAAACAUUGCGUUUUCUUCUUGGUGUGUUUAUUCCUCUUCAUCGGAGACACGGAUGCUUGGAGGAGAAGGAGACGAAGGCGCGCACCACCACCACCUCCACCACCGCAGGUGGCGCCAGUGGUAGUAGAUACCACCGCGCCCACCUUCACUUAUUGCCCGAAUGACAUCGGUGUCUUCUACACCUCAACGACAUCGAGUUUCGUAUCUUGGACGACACCGACUGCUACAGAUGACACAGAUUCGUCAAUUACUGUAGAAACAUCAGGCGGUUUGCCCGGAUCACUAUUUCCAGAAGGAAACCACACUGUCAUAUAUACGGCCCGUGAUGGUGCUGGAAAUACAGCGGAAUGUGUCGUAAUCUUCACCGUUAGCGUUCUGCGAUGCCCAGUUCUAACUCCUCCAGUUCAUGGAAGAAUAGUAGGUUCGUGUUCGAGGUUGAAGGAUUCUAGAUGCGAGUUCGAGUGCGAACAGGGCUACAAUCUUACCCAUAAUGCUCCUCAAUGUGUCGUCACAGUACCAAAUGCAUCCUGGGACGGGCCUACUCCUUUCUGUUCAAGUUCACAAUGUGGAGCAGACGAAGUGCUCCUCCCAGAUGGUCAAACGGUGGUAUUCAACCAAACACAGGUUGGAAAGCGCGCCAAUACUCCAAUCGUCUGCGUAACAAAUAUCGGAGUUGACCGCACUCACAAUGUAUCCCGUCUGUGUAGUCCUGAUGAUGAAUCCGGAGCUAUGUGGAGCGAUCCCAUUUAUCCACAAUGUUCCAUGAACGACAGCGUCGAUUCCACCUUCUCCCCUGUAGCGAAUGAUCUUUCAUCUGAAGACGCUACCAACCAAACUCGGUCUGAGCUAGCUACCUUCAUCGCAAACCCAGAUAACAUCCGACUCGAUUAUUUUGCGUCACGCCUGCUCAAUGCAAUAGACGAAGCUACUCUGUCUCCGAAGGAAAUCUUCACCCUUGUGGACAUGGCUCUAGACAUCAACGGCGAUACCUUCGAAGAGGAGAGCACUCAGGCAGUCUCAGACUCCAUCCUCUCAUCCGUCGAUACUUUCCUCAGCCGUAUACAAUCGACCAAUUCUAACAGCAACUUCACCUACCGCGGCGAGAACCUGGUUGUAGCCGCUUUGAAGGUCGGAAGGACAACUUUCCCCCUUACCGCUAAUAUUGAACCGCCGAGUCGCGAUGCGGAUGAUGACUUCAUCAAUCUUUCGACCAAUGGGGAGAGCGAAAAUACAGGGGAAGGUGUGUCGUCCAUUUUCUUUCCAGGAGAGGUCCUGGAUUACUUACCAGAUGGGAAUAACCCAGUAGCAGUCAGUGUAUUUGUCUUAGAUUCUCUCAAGCUGUUCCAGCCAAACUCGUCAACCCAGGAUGAAUUGGAGGAGAGCUCCAUCCUAGUCUCACCAGUUUUAUCCGUUACCAUAGAGGGAGCUAAGAUAAAAAAUCUCUCCGAUCCAGUGGUCUUAGACUUCACAGUCAAUAGGAGUCUGAUAUCGGUCGGAGCUAAGCCCGAAAUAAUCCCUCGGUGUGUCUACUGGGAAAGACCUACCAAUGUGUCUGAAGGGGCGUGGUCACAAGAGGGGUGUCAAACAGGUCCUAUUUCUUCCAAAGAACUGAUAACGUGCCGAUGUAACCAUCUUACAAGUUUCGCUGUAUUAAUGAAUAUUAGAGCAGCAUACCAUUCUAGGACCCUGGAUACCAUAAGUAUAUUUGGAUGCAUCGCUUCCAUUCUCUGUUUAGUCAUGACAAUCGGAUUCCUUGUUGGUAUCAGGAGUUUACGUCGGAGGCUUCCCCAGCAGAUAAUGAUUAACCUCAGCUCGGCUUUACUUUGUCUUUACUUCGCCUUUGUUGUUGGUGUGGACAAACCCUCUUGGGGACUAGGCUGUACAGUUGUCGCCAUCUUGUUGCACUAUUUUACUUUGGCAGCGGUGGCCUGGAUGGGUGUGGAGGCUUUUAGCAUGUAUCUUAUGUUCGUCCGAGUCGUGAAUUCUUACAUGCCCAAGAUGCUUCUGAAAUCUUGUCUCGUUGGAUGGGGGGGUCCACUGCUAGUCGUUGGUAUUACGGUCGCCAUAGACUGGAAAGCAUACCAAAACACAGAAUACUGCUUCAUGAAUCUUGGGCCGUCAUUCUACUUCGCACAGUUGUUUCCCAUCGCCCUUAUCCUCACCAUCAACACAGGCGUCUUCAUCAUGGUCAUCUACAACUUGACAUGCGGCAGGAAAAUGGCGUCGAUGAAAGAAUCAACCGCUGCAACACAGCGAGCCGAGUUACUUCGCCGCCUUCAGAAUGCUAUAGCUAUCGGUACAUUACUCGGGCUAAGCUGGGUGUCCGGAUUCAUGGCGAUCGGCAGCGCGCGAUUCUUCUUCAACGUCGUUUUCGUGAUCUGCACCUCCCUGCAGGGGGUCUUCAUUUUCCUUCUCUUCUGCGUUCGCCUGCCUGAGGUUCGGCAGCAGAUGAUGCUUCUAGCCUCCCGUCUCAUCCGGGCACUGACGUGCAGAAAGUCGGCAGUGUCAUCGCGUGGCAUGAGCACCAGCUCCACGUCAUCGCGCAUGACGUCAUCACUUCCGUCUACGGUCACUGUGUCAUAUUCGGCGGGAAAAUCAGAUGUUAUGCUUUGAAUCCAAGAGCAACAGAGUUGUGUCCCCAAGUUCUGAUAAAUAUCAGCGAAUUUAAUAAAGUGUAUUAUGGGAAAACAUGAGAGUGUUGAAAUCUAUAGUAGAUGUUGAUAUACUCUAACAAAGUGGGUUUUCACUAGUGUUGUGAGUCCAUUUAUUGAUUUAUCCUAUUUUCUUAUAUUAUUCCACUAUGUAAAAACGAUUUAUAUCCGUGUUUCCAUAUGAAUUUGUCAUUGUACAUUUGCUGCUUUGUAUUAUCUAUAUGUGUAUAUUAUU